ACCUGAUCAUUUACCACCAGCAGCCAUGGUGACCCGUCGGAGCCAGUCCCUGAGGGUCCCCCGGCCGUUCUAUGGCAAACUCCAGGAGAUGUGGGGGGAGCCCUCAGAGGGCAAGAGGCUGGUGCCCACAGGGCAGCAGCAGGCCCCCAGAUUCCAGAGGUCCCUAAGCUUCCGGCAUCGUAGAGAGAAGCCCCGUUCCCAGUGCCUGGAAACCAGCUUGGGCCUCCCUGAAGGGCUAGAUACUCUUCCUCAUGAAAUCCCCACCGGGGACCUGGGAGAUACAGAACAGCUGGUCCAAGGCCAGAAUCAGGGGAAGCAGAGAAUACGACAGUACAAGAAGCAGGUGGAUUAUGCCCUGAGAAGAACAUGGGGGAACUUUGUGGCCAACCUCCCAGGGGUGACCCUCGGCCGCUCGACGUGCCGUAGCCCUCCACUGGACUCUACCAGCUGAAGGAAGGCACGUGUUGUUGGUAGGACGCCCCUGUCCCCGGCUCUUCUUCAGCCUGUGAUGACCAGCUCUUUUGUUGAGACUGUUCCAGACUCCUCUCUAUGGGCUGCUGCUGCAGUUUCUUCUAACGGCUCGGCUCCGUUCUCUUCUUGGCACUUUAUGUAUAAAAUCAUAAACUUUAUAAUUUAUAGGCAUUUCCCUCCCUCAGCCUGAACAGCAUCUCUUCACAUAGUAUAGCCAGAUUCUUUGCCGAUUUUCUGGGCUGUUUGCAGACCAUGCAUUCCCUCCUGGUCCUCCCCGUCUGCUGCUGGCUUCCUUCCUGAGGCUCUGAAGUCCCUCUGGGGCUCUUCUCUCUGAAGAGGAGGCUGGUUCCUGGGGCUUUGACCUCUACAGGCCCAAAGUAUCUCUUGCUCUUUCUACGAUGAGGGCAGAUUUCAGGGACCUAGAGAAUGGAGGGCUAGUGAAGCCAACGAUCUGGCUGAAACUCUCCCCGGACUCCAGGCCUCCUUUUGGGCUGUUUGCUGUCCAGUGAACAAGACACUCCAUCUUCUGACUUAAUGUUUUCUCCGAUUGUCCCCCCUCCUCACCUCUGCCUGGCUUCCUGUAGCCCCAGCUGAAAUCCUGCCUUCUAUAGGAAGCAGUUCUGGAUCCCCCUCAACUCUAGGUUCUUCUUUGUCCCUAUCACCUCCCAUUUACCAGGGACAUAGCUCAUUUGUAUGUGGCUAUUCGCGUGUUAUCUCCCUUAUUAGAUUGUGAGCUCUCAGGAGAGCAGGACUGGCUUUUGCCUUCCUUUGUCUUCAUGGUGCUUAGCACAGUGCCUGGCACACAGUAGGCACUUAAUAAAUUCAUAUGGAGUGACUGAUUGGCCAAGUGAAAACUGGCCUCUCUGAUCCCUCCCUAAUUCUGUGUGUGAGCAAGGAUCAGGCUCUUUGGCUGACCCAAGGGAAUGGCUGAGGUCCGCCAGCAUUCAGGACCUAUGACUGUCAUCCACAUGGACUCCUUUACUCAGCAUUCUGCAAGACUGAGUACUGGGCAGGCCUGGAAGUGGGCUUGCGGCUACGCCGGAGGGGCAAGAGAAACAGAGGAAGCCUGGCCGUGGUGGUGAAUUCCUGCUGUUCCCAUGACCUCCCCUCCCUGCUGCUGCCCCUCUUCUGGCCUGAAAAGCCACAGGAUAGCUGGAGUGUGCUUGGCCCUCUGCUUUUCCUGUAGACAGGGUCCACCCUGUGGCCCAUGCCACUCCCAGCCCAGCCUCUGGUGGUGUUCACACUUAAAAUAUAACAGUGUCUCGCUUCUGGAUAUGAAUCACCCAUUUGUUUAGUAUCUUUAAUAAAAACCAGAUGCUAUCUCAAA